GGUGGCGAGGAGGCUGCUGGCGGUAGCCGCAUGACGCGCAUGUUGGCGCUGGCUGGUGCCGUGCUGCUGGAGCUGCUGGUGACCGGCUCCCUGGUAUGGACCCCUCUGGCGGCCGCCGCCCUCGCCCUCCUGGCCCUGCCCGCCGCCUCGGCCGCUUCCGCCGCCGCUGCGGAGGCUCGCCUUUCGGAGGCUGUACGGCAGGCGGAGGCGCGCGCACGUGCUGAAGCCGCAGCUCGGGUGCCUGUGACUCCCCCCGAGAGCGCCGUGUGGAUGGGGCGGCUGAUGGGCGAGCUGUGGGGCCCCUACGUGGCGCCCAUGCUGCUGUCGGAGAACCUGGUGAACUGGGGCGACAAGGUGCGGCGCGCGGCGCCCCCCGGCUGGGAGCUGGAGCUGGCGGAGAUGAACAUGGGGCGGCAGGGGCCGCAGAUGAGCAACUACCAGGUGCUGGCUGACCCCUCCAGCGGGCGAGUGACGGCGGUGGACUGCGACAUGCGGAUGGAGAGCAACACGCUGCGGGCUGUGGUGGUGGGUAGCGGACCCGUGGGUCGCUUCACAGCAACCAUCUCGGGGGUCACCAUGCAAGGUCGCAUGCGGCUGUUGCCCUUCCCCGAGCUGCGCCUCAUGCUGUUUUCCUUCCGCGAGCCGCCCGACAUGGACGUCAAGCUGAGCGUCAAGGGCCCCGUCAUCGGCGAGCGCUCCAUCCCCACCUCCUCCUUCGCCUUCCUGCGCGCGCAGCUGGCGGCGGCGCUGCGGGACAGCCUGGUGGAGCCGCGGCGGGCGGCCAUCAGCCUGGACCCCGUGCCGCUGGUGGGGCAGCCGGUGGACACCACCGUCAACAUCUACGUGGAGGCGGUGUCAGGGCUCACCUCCUCCAGGGGGGCCGGCGCGGGGCCGCAGCAGCAGCAGCAGCCCUCCAUUACCACAUCGGGGGCAGCAGCAGCGGCAAGUAGUGCGGAGGCGGGCGGCGGGGCCGGAGGAGGCGGUGUUAGGGCGGCGGCAUCGCAGGCUGCUGCUGCGGCUAGUGAGGCGGUGUCCGGAGGCGCGGAGGCGAUUGCGGGCCUUGUGUCCGGGGUCGCGGGGGCGGAGGGCGGCAGCAGGCGGCUGAGGAGGAGGCGGUUGCAGGUCAUAGCGCUCAACACAGACAACAAGCUGCAGCGCGCCACGCGACCCGUCUUCUACACGCCUGCACCGCCCUCCUCCUCUGCUCCCAGCUCCCCCUCCUCCUCCCCCGCUGCCCCGCCUCCCGGAGUGGCCCCGGUGCAGCAGCUGCUGCGGCUCAACGUGGGGCACAAGGAUGGCAUCUUUAAGAUCAUGGUCCGCGACGUGGGUCGCACUCCCGGCGCCACCGCCUCUGAAACCCGCGGCGAGUCCGCCUCCUCGCCUGCCUCCUCCUCCUCCUCCGCCUCACACUCCGCAGCCGCCGGGGCAGGCAACAGUGGCGGGCCCCUGGGUGCAGCCGGCAUGGGCCUAGGCAUGGGCGGUAUCAGCGGUGUGGGCGGCGGCGGCGGGGAGCUGCUGGGCAGUGUGAUGGUGCACGUGGCGGCUGCCAAGGACGGCAGCACCCUCAUGUGGGCCGCAAGGGAGGGGGGAGAGCCGGUGGUGGUGAGGUGGAGGCCUGCGGACGGCCCAUGGCGAGUGACGCUGCCGCUAGAGUGCCCCGCCUUCGGUCUGCCGCCGCCGCCACCUCAGUCGCAUGGGCGAGACGAGCCAGCAGCCGCCUACUCCUCCGCCUCCACCCCACCUUCCGGCUCUCUCGACGAGUCCGCCGCCCCAGCCUCGUCCCACGCUGCAGCCAGAACAGCAGCAGCAGGGGCCCAGCAGGCUGCCAACAACCCGGCAGCAGCAGCAGCGGCAUCCGCCCCCGCAUCAGGCGGGCCCAGCAUUACUCUGCUGCUCAGUGCUGACCCAUGGGUCUACGAGGACGCCAGCCCACCAGGCAAGUUGUACGACAGCCCUCGCAGCAGGUCGCUGGUGGUUCAGGUGGUGGAGGCUCGGGAGCUGGCGUGUCGCGACUGGGCCGGCACCUGCGACCCCUACGUGCGGCUGUCGCUUGACGGGCGCACCUACCGCACCCGCACCCUCUACAACUGCGCCGCCCCCAUCUGGCAGCAGACCUUUGUCAUGCCCGACACACCCUCGCUGCUCAGCAAGUCGCUGUCGCUGUCAGUGUACGACAGCGGCGUAUCGCGAGAUGACCCCCUGGGCUCCGCCUCGCUCAACCUUAACAUGGCGAGUGAGCAUGGGUUGCAAGACCGUUGGUUACCGUUGCAGGGCGUUGAGAGCGGUUGGUUGAGGGUGCGAGUGGCGGCCGUUCCGGACGCACCCGACUCGGCAGCGGUGCAGCGUAUGGUAGCUGCACUGGAGGGACUGACCCGCGGGUCGUCAUCUCCGUUGCUGCAUGUGGUGGUACUGGGCGCUCGUGCGUUAAGUCCGCGACCCGUGGGUCAGCUGCUGGGCAUGCGAGAUGCGUACUGCAACAUCUUGUACGGCGGCGCGCGGCAGGUGACGCAUGUCGUGAAGCAGAGCCAGAACCCGAGGUGGGACUUUGGGGCACUUUUCGUGAUGCCGCCCGCAACGGAGGACGAGGAAGAGCAGGGGGUAGAAGAAGAGGAGCCGAGUCUGGACAGACAAGGGGUUGCGGGGGCUACGAACGCUGCUGCCGCUCCUGCUGGUUUGGCGGCGGCCGCAUCUGCACGUGCGUCAUCGUCCGGCGCUUCCUCAAUACCGGCAUCACCAGCAGCAGCAGCACCAUCGACAACGAGCGCAGGGGUUUCUGGGUUGCCAUCGCCCUUGGACAUCCUUGGCAGCGGACCCGGGGGGACGUCCCCUAGUUCGCAAUACCCCCACCAGCAACAGCAGCAGCAGCAGCCCCACCAAGCUCGUGAGCAUCCUGAUCGCCAUCAUCACCAUCAGCAGCAUGACCACCAGCACCACCAGCCAUCCGAGUCACAACACCCGCAGCAACAGCAGCAGCCACCGCAGCCCUCACCCGGCCACCACCACCACCACAGCGGUCAUCACCACUCCACCCCCAUCCCGCCGCUCGUACCCUACCCGCCCCUCCCCGCCGAGCCCCCUCCCGCCGCCUCCUUCCUCCACCGCAACACCCCGCUGCCCGACCGCGAGCGGUUGCGCCGCCGCCGCCAGCAGCAGCUGCGGCGCCGGCAGCAGCAGCAGGCGAGCGGCGAGGUGCUGCGCAUCGAGGUCAAGGACGUGGACCCGGUGCCCCCUGAUGACGACCUGGGCUACGUGGAGGUGGCGGUGCGGGAGUUGCUGCCGGAGCCGGGGGACAGCUGGCAGGGCUGGCUGCCGCUGCGGAGAGGCGAGGGAGGGGAGCUGCAGCUGAGGAUCAGCCGGCUGGAGCCGCCGCCGCUGAUACGGGGGGAGGGCGGUCUGCAGCCGAUGCCGUACAACAAGCAGCGCGAGGCAACCCCCCAGGCGUCCUCCUCCUCCGCCUCCGGGUCGUUGCAGCAGCAGGGGGCGACGUUGGGCAGCGGCGGUGGCAGCAGAAGUGGGAUCAGCAUGGGCGGCAGUGGCAGGUACAGCAGGAGCACCAGCAUCAGCACGGUUAGCAUGGAGGGCGGGGGCGCGGGUGCCUCCACGGUGGCGGCUCCGCAGGUCCAGAGCGUGCAGCUGGACAGCUUCUUGGGCCAGAUCCGCGCCGCCAACCGCGGUGCCGCGCAGGUUCGCGAGGACCUGCGGGUGCGGCUGGGGCAGGAGGUCAUACCCAAGCUGCAGGACUGGUGGGGGGACGCGCUGCGGCGCACGUCUGCUUCCUGGGAGCCGCCGAGCGACCAGCUCAGCGAGUGGCUGCGUGCCCGCGGGCUGGCUGCCUGGGCGGACGGAGUGAGCAGCCUGGCGGGCAGGCCGCCCCAGCCGGGACAGCAGCAGCAAGGAGGAGGGCAGCAGGAUCAGCGGCUGCUGCCAGCCCGAGCGCAG